GUCUUGCACUCUCCGUUGGACGGAGCGAAGCAGAGGUUCUCGCCGGAGGCCCUCUCGGUCGCGCGUUUCUAGGGUUAGGGUUUUGCACCGACUACCAAAGCCCCUCAGGAUGUAAAUACACAACUUGGUGGAGACCCCUAUGAGCUUCAUAUGAUCUACCUUCUGUGAAGAGUGUGUUUGAUUCCUGGUAGUGGAGGCAUGGAAGUUGGGAUUGAGCCACUUCUAGAUAACUCUAGAUGAUUGGUUGACUGUUGUUGAGGAUUGCGCUGGUGGAGCAUAUUAUUCAACAGUUUUGGACAUGGGUGAGACUGGGAAGCGCUUUCGUCAUCAUGAAAAUGAUGGUAAAAACCAGAAGAGAAGAUCAGGCAACAUGGAAAAUUCUGGUGAUGGAGAAUUAGUUUUGUACCGCAUACUCUGCCCAAAUAUUGUUAUUGGCAGUGUCAUUGGAAAAAGUGGGAAAGUAAUUAAUUCCUUGAGACAGGAGACAUUUGCUAAGAUCAAGGUUGUUGAUCCUUUUCCUGGUGCAGACAAGAGGGUUAUUUCCAUAUAUUGUUAUGUCAAAGACAAGGAUACCCGCGAAGUUGAUGAAGAUGCUGUGCGUCCCCUAUGCCCUGCUCAGAAUGCUCUUCUUAAGAUGCACGCUGCAAUAGUAAAUGCUCUUGAGAACAGUGCUGAUUCUGACAAGAAACACAAGGAAGAGGCCCUUAUCCUUGUCCCAGCUAGCCAAGCUGCAAAUAUAAUAGGCAAGUCUGGGGCUACUAUCAAGAGACUUAGGUUGAAGACCAAGGCUAACAUCAAGGUUUACCCAAAGGAUCCCAAUGAUGCCUCCCAUUCAUGUGCAAUGAGCUUUGACAACUUUGUCUCGAUAACAGGUGAUACUGAAGCAAUUAACAAGGCGCUAUUUGCAGUCUCUGCUAUAAUGUACAAAUUUUCUCCUAAAGAAGAAAUUUCCCUUGAUACUGCCAUCCCAGAACUUCCACCUGGUAUAAUUAUUCCAUCAGAUAUUCCUAUUUAUUCUGCUGGGAGCUUCUAUCCCAAUGUAGAUCACAUGGUUCCUCCAGCGAGAUCUGUGCCUCCAAUUAUGGGCGCAUCACCACAUGUACCUGAACUCCAUGGAUUUUCUGAGACUGGUAGCACAUGGCAUAUGUACCCAUCUGCCCUUCCUGUUGUUUCUGGAUUUGGUGAUGCAUCACGAACAGAGGAGCUAGUUGUACAUGUUUUAUGCCCAUCAGACAAGAUUGGACGGGUUAUUGGGAAAGGAGGCAGCACAAUAAAAAAUAUCAGGCAAACUAGCAGUGCACGUAUUGAUGUUGAUGAUAAGAAGGAUGAGUCUGAAGAAUGUCUUAUAACUGUAACUUCUAAUGAGUCAACCGAUGAUGCUAACUCUUCUGCUGUUGAAGCUAUUUUGCUUCUUCAAGCCAAGAUAAAUGAUGAAGAUGAUGACAUUGUUAAAAUUCGGCUCCUUGUUCCUUCAAAGGUAAUUGGUUGUCUUAUUGGCAAGAGUGGUUCAAUUAUAUCGGACAUGCGGAAGAAGACAAAGGCUGAUAUUCGCAUUUCAAAAGGUGAAAAGCCCAAGAAUGCUGCUUCCACUGAUGAGCUUGUGGAGGUGUCUGGAGAGGUAGUAAAUGUCCGUGAUGCACUUGUUCAGAUUACCCUUAGGCUCAGAGAAGAUGCUUUAAAAGAUAAGGAUGGAAGUAAAGUUGCACCUCCAGCAGAUCCUCUCUACCCUAGCAGUCUUCAUAUGCCUCAGAUACUGUCUAGUGUUCCUCCACUUGCUCCACUGGGUUAUGAUCAAAGACUUGAGCCUAGCAGGGCAUUAGGUUCUUCUUCUACUAGCAGCUUAUGUGGGUACAACUCUUUGCAGGCUGGAGAUAAUUGUUUCGGAUCACUUCCUUCAUUUCCAUCUACGACAAUUGGAGGAGUGGCUUCAUUCUUUGAGAUGGUGAUACCUGCAACUGCACUGGCGAAGGUAAUGGGGAAAGGUGGAACGAACAUUGAUAACAUUCGGAAGAUAUCUGGAGCUCAAAUAGAAAUUGUUGAUUCGAAGACAUCCCGUUCUGAGCGCAUUGCUCAAAUAUCUGGUACACCUGAGCAGAAGCGGACAGCAGAAAAUCUGAUCCAAGCAUUUAUCAUGGCAACCUGAGAUGAAGAAUAUGAUCUGAUCGAGUGGGCGGUGAAACUACUUCUCAAUACAGUUCCUUCCUGGUUUCCUCUUCUAGCUUCCUCUAGGUUUCUUCUUGAAAGGAAUCCACCGUGGUUUCUAGAAAUUCUAGUGGAAUCUUAUUUUCUUGCAGAGUCAAUCAAAAAUCAUGAAGAGCUCAUAGCUGACUUAUUUUCUCAGAAAGUACUUUCUUUCUAAACCAGCGAAACUGUCGUAUCUAUUAUCCUAGAACUCUUAGGCUUAUUUCUUGUCUUCCUUGCUCGAUGUUUGUUCUUAAUCAGUUAAGCUUCUCUCAUUAGCAUGAAAAUCUGGGUUUCCUAUAAUUUGACUCAUUAAAUGAUUGAUCCGUUGUUCAUGAUGUAUAUAUAUGCUCAAGUAUCUUGGCUAAACCCCAUCUCUUCCAGUUGCAUUAUGAGUAGUAUCUGUUGUCAAUUUGAAUGAUGCUGUCGUUUUUUUAUUUCUUUCCGCUACUGGGCUGAUUUGUGUAUCAAUCAUCAUUGAGACCAAUAAAUUAUGCGCCAGAGUUAGCCUUGUGAA